CCGCAGCCGUCUGUCUGUCUGUCUUGCUAAAAAACUAUAAAAUUCAACGCGUUUAGUGCUUAACGGUAGUUGCCCGGUGGCCAGGAUUAAAAAUAAGUACGUGUGUAUGCUGCAACUUCGAUUGCAGGUGGGUGAAAACAGAAUGCUCACCCAAGCUGUUGGACAACAAAUGCUUUGUAAGUGGUGCGUCUGAAAAAAUCAAUCAGUUCUGUGCUGUUCGAAGAGAGGGCGGGGGGGCAACACACAAUAUGAGCAGCAGCGCCGCCGCCCAGCUGACUGCGCCGCCAGUCAGCAAAAACAAUAGCGCAAACAGCAGCAACAAUAAUACGGCGGCCACUGCUAGCGAAAGCAAUCUAAUCAUCAUACAGGAUAUGAUUGAUCUCUCAGCCAACCACCUGGAGGGCCUGCGCACACAGUGCGCGACAAGCGCAACACUAACACAACAGGAGAUACGCUGCCUGGAGUCCAAGCUAGUGAGAUACUUCUCCGAGCUGCUGUUGACUAAGGCGCGUCUAAACGAACGUAUACCCGCCAAUGGACUGCUGCCACAUCAGCAGGCCACUGGGAAUGAACUGCGUCAAUGGCUGCGCGUUGUGGGCCUUAGCCCAGAGUCUUUGAACGUGUGCUUGGCGAGCCUAACGACACUGGAGCAAUCUCUGCAGUUAAGCGAUGAGGAUUUAAAACAAUUGCUGACACAAAACCAGCCAAGUAACCAGCAUGGCGAAGAACUGCGCCGCCUGACCAAAGCCAUGCAUAAUUUGCGCAAAUGCAUGGAAACUCUGGAAAGCAACGGCGCCAUUGCGCCCAGUUCCGAUCCAGAGCAAUGGCACUGGGACUCCUGGGAUCGUCCCCAUGCGCACCACAUGCAUCGCGGCAGCAUUGGCAACAUUGGCGCCAAUCUGAACACUGCUUCCCCACGUGCCCACCAUCGACAACAUCAGCAUGCUCACACCAACAGCAAGUCGAAAGGCAGCAAUAACUCGACCUCCAGCUCACGCAGUGAACCUCAGAAUCAGCAGCAGCAGCAGCAACAUCAGCAUCAUAAUUAUCAGCAGCAGCCGCUGACAGGGUCACAGAUGACUCUAACGCUGACACCUUCGCCACCCAACUCGCCCUUUACGCCCGCUUCAACUGCAUCCAACAGCGGCACACCGCAGCGCAGUCGCAGCACUACAACUGCAGCCGGCGGCACACCGCCACCCGCCAAGAAGCAUCAAACGCUCUUCAUGCACAACAACACGUCCGCUGGGGCUGCCGACGCAGCUGGCUCGGAGCAGCCACCGCGGCCGCCGCGCAGUCGUUUGCCCACAGAUCCCAGCCCGGAUAGCCACAGCUCAGCCAGCAGUUCGGACAACUUUGUGGAUUGUAGCAGCAACAGUAGCAGCUCCAAUAUACUGUUAGUACCGCCCUCCCCAGGCGUAGCCCAAGUUGGCAUGGGCCAUGCCAUCAAGCAUCGCUUUAGCAAAUGGUACGGCUUCAUGGCCACCUGCAAGCUGUGCCAAAAGCAAAUGCUCAGUCAUGGGCUCAAGUGCAUAGACUGCAAGUACAUUUGUCACAAGUCCUGCGCACAGCAUGUGCCGCUGUCCUGCGGUCUGCCGCCCGAGUAUAUACACGAGUUUCGCCAGCAGACACAGGGCUGGGAGCAUGUGGGCAGCAACAGCAGCAGCAAGGCCUCACCAGUGCCUAAGAAGAGCACGUUGGGCAAGCCACAGCUGCAGCAACAGCAACUGCAUCAUGGCGACAGUAGCUCGCCCAGCUCCAGCUGCAAUAGCUCAACGCCUAGCAGCCCAGCGCUGUUUCAGCAACAGCAACUGCAGCAGCAGCAGCAACAUCACCAACAGUUGCAAAUUGCUACGCCCAAUGCCCUGCAAUUGAAGCCCAAUCCAAGCCUAGCACACGCUCAACACCAGCAGCAGAGUCAAUUCAACUUUCCCAAUGUGACCAUCACCAGCAUAAGCACCAGCAAUAGCAACACUAGUGCUGCCCAGACGCUCAUCUCCAAUGAGUCGAGCGCUGCAGCGAAUGAAACACUGGCCAAUGGCAAUAACAAUUGCAACAACGGUGGUGGCGGCAGCGGCAGCACCAGCAGCCACAGCAGCAGCAAUAACGUGUGCAACAAUAGCAGCAGCAACUCGAACAGCAACAACAACAGCAGCAGCAAUAGCCACAGCAACAUGAACUGCAUUAACGGGCAUUUGAGCUCGCUCAUAAGCAGCCAGGCCUCAACGCAUUCAGCCGCCUCGCAGGCCUCGCAUGUCAGCAGCAGCAGCACUGCUACUUAUACAUCCAGCCUGGUCAACAGCGGCAGCUUUUUUCCGCGCAAGCUGAGCAAUGCGGGCGUGGAUAAGCGCACGCCCUUUACCAGCGAAUUCACGGACACACACAAGUCGAACGAUAGCGACAAGACGGUCUCGUUGUCGGGCAGCGCCAGCACGGACUCGGAUCGCACGCCAGUGCGCCUUGAUUCCACAGAGGAUGGCGACUCGGGUCAGUGGCGUCAAAACUCCAUAUCGCUUAAGGAGUGGGAUAUACCAUAUGGCGAUCUCCAUUUGCUCGAACGCAUUGGCCAGGGACGCUUUGGCACUGUGCAUCGUGCGCUCUGGCAUGGCGAUGUGGCCGUCAAGCUGCUCAACGAGGAUUAUCUGCAGGAUGAGCAUAUGCUGGAAACAUUUCGCAGCGAAGUGGCCAAUUUCAAAAAGACACGUCACGAGAAUCUUGUGCUGUUCAUGGGCGCCUGCAUGAAUCCGCCGUAUCUGGCCAUUGUCACAUCGCUGUGCAAGGGCAACACCCUCUAUACGUAUAUACAUCAGCGACGUGAGAAGUUCGCCAUGAAUCGCACGCUGCUGAUUGCUCAGCAGAUAGCGCAGGGCAUGGGUUAUCUGCAUGCGCGGGACAUAAUACACAAGGAUCUGCGCACCAAGAACAUAUUCAUUGAGAACGGCAAAGUGAUCAUCACGGACUUUGGACUCUUUAGCUCCACAAAGCUGCUGUACUGUGAUAUGGGCCUGGGCAUACCGCACAAUUGGCUCUGCUAUCUGGCGCCGGAGCUAAUACGCGCCCUCAAGCCGUAUAAGCCAGCGGGCGAGUGUCUGGAGUUCAGCGCGCCAUCGGAUGUCUACUCGUUUGGCACUGUUUGGUAUGAGCUCAUAUGCGGUGAGUUUACGUUUAAGGAUCAGCCGGCAGAGUCGAUCAUUUGGCAGGUGGGUCGUGGCAUGAAACAAUCGCUGGCCAACCUGCAGUCUGGACGAGAUGUCAAAGAUCUGCUAAUGCACUGUUGGGCAUAUGAAAAGGGGAACCGUCCGGACUUUGCCAUCUUGCUACAACUGCUCGAGAAUCUGCCAAAGAAACGCUUGGCGCGCAGUCCCUCACAUCCUGUUAAUCUGUCGCGUUCCGCUGAGUCUGUGUUCUAGGCGUACGCAUACAAGCACACACACACACAUACAUACACACAUACAUGCAUGUAUGUAUACACUAUGCGUUACUUAUACGUAUGUAUGUAAGCAGGCACAGUUUCUAAUUAGUACAAUUCCACGUUUUAAAUUUAAGCAACCAUACGUACAUACACAUACAUAUAAAUAUGUUAAACUCUAACUGUAAUUAAUUAUUGUGCGUUUUAAAAUGUCAAAUGUGAAAGUCGCUCGCAAAAGCAAUUGAGCGGGGCGGGAAGGGCGCGAGACAGGAAGAGAGCGAGAGAGAGCAAAGCUCAUUUCCUCAGCCUUUUAUGUUUUUAGUAUGUACGCAACUCAACGACUCUCAACAGCAAAGUUCAAAUAAGCAUGUGUUACAACAACAAACAAAUAAACAAAUAUUGUACAUAAUUAUUAGAAAACAGGCAAACAAAUAACGAUUAAACUAAUUACACACAUACUAGUAUGAUGCGUAUUGAAUAUCCAGGUUAUAGCAAUUUACAUAAAAAAUUACAAAUUGUACAGGAUUGUUAAUGUUUAAUUUACAAAAACGAAAAGACAAAAUGUUUAAAUGUUCAUGAGCAAGAGCGUGCAAAAACUGAAUUCUGAAUAUACUAAUAGGGAUAACACACAUGCAUAUAUUUACAUGUAUCAAAUUGUAUGUGAAUGAGAAACAAACACUGUGGCAAAUCUAUAUGUAAACGUAAAUCAGGUGAGCAAUUUUAAAAUUGUUAAUUAUGUGUAAGGUGCAACAAACAAAAAAUAUUGAGACGUAUAUAUAAAUAUACAAACUAUAUGUGAACAAAUAAUUAUAAUAGACAUGCAAGCAUUAUGUAUUGUUCAAAUACAUAUACAUAUUUAGAUAAAGAGUUGAAUGCUAAUUAUAUAUACAUACACGAGAAAUGUCAAAAUAAAAGCUAUCACUUCAACCAAAUCAAUUAUACAGAAUUCAUUU